AUGACUACACUCACAAAUGCAGGAAACGCUUCGACGCCCACUCCGAUAGCGGAAGAUCAUGGAGCUUUGCCUCAAUAUGGCUUUGGUCCGGACGUCGAGUUCGAGAAGCUGAUUGACAGCAACCCAUUUCUCUUCCGAGUCUAUACGCCAAAGGAGACAGCUCACAAUGACCGAGACGAACCUUGUUUCAUUGGACCUCGUUUUGAAGAGGACUUUGGCUCGACCAGCUUCACCUGCGAGGGCUCUGACAGCUCUCCUUAUCGAAGCCCGCCAGAGUCGACAUAUGCAGACGUCGUGCAGCACCUCGACUGGACGACGCGAUCUUCAUCGCCGUACGUCUCGACAUCCUUCAGCUUCGCGUGGGCGAUAUGGGAAGCUACGAGGCGAUACCACUUUGGUAUGAAGCACUCUGUCGAGAUCGCGGUGAUCGACGCAAAGGCGGUGGCGGGACGAGCGGUUACCGCUGUUGAGCUCCUCAGGAAAGCGGCGCCCAAAGGUCGCCAUCAGGACCACUGGAAAUGGUAUCGGUUCGCACUCGAGGCGCAAGACGUCCUCGUGUGGGGGUACAUUCCCGGCUCAGCGGUCUUCGCUUCGAUACCGCUCUCACAACUGGUCGCGAAACUACCCUCCUACUUCCUCAGCAUGGACGCCCCCGACGUCAAAGACUCUCUCAUGUCCCGCUUGGGGUGGAACUACACCCUGAAACGUCCGAGCUACCGGCAAUUCUGCCAGGACAUGUCUGAGCGUUUCCUGCGCAUGCCCGUCGACAGGCGGCUGCGCGACACGACCGCGGGCUCGGUCCGGCUGGCGCUCUGCCACCUGCGCCCGUGGUUCCACCGGCUCGCGAUCGAGGACUUCACGACUGCGACCGUGACAGUGUGCGAACUCGCGUUUGUCAUCGCGCGCUGGUCGGGGCAGUGGUGGGUGCGCGAGCACCCCGAGAUCCAGGGCCUUAUCCGGUGCAUGGUGCAUAUCGUCGGAGAGGAGGUGCGCGAGGCGCGCAGGGUGCAGGCGCUCGCGGAUGCUUCGAGGAUGCAGGAGAUCGUGGGUGGCAUAGAACAGCUGGCUGAGACGUAUCAGAUGAGGUCUCGUCUCCAGAAAGCAUCAGGUGCCGAGUCCCAGUCUUCUUCUGCUGAGACAGAGCCGUCUGCCGUUGAGACGCGUAACACGGCCGCGCAGCCUGCGAAGCCUGUCUCUCCCGCCCUCACUGUGCAGACUGCUCCACGGGAGCUUGACCUGGAGAAGGCGACGCCUGUAGACGACGAAGUCGUCCCGCCCGCAAGGCCGUCGUCUGGGUCGAGUUAUUAUGGAUCCUUUGCACGAUUAGUAUCUUGUCUUUUGACAGGCUUCUUGGUCGGCACCUUCUUCACGUUGUGCAUCUUGGCUCCCGAUAAGCGUGAAAUUGCCCACCAUCUCACUUGA